CCUGGGCUCAGUCGACAAUUGUACCUAAGUGUCGACAGUCAUGAAAGGCUCAUCCCUCCGUUCCAUUUUGACGAUGUCGGCCUUGCUCUAUUUAGUUAGCCCUUCGGUGAUCCAAGCUCGGUUUGUAAAGUCUGCCAACAAGCAAGGCCAAACCUGUGGAUAUAACAGUUGUCCCGUUCCUAGAGAAGACAUGCUCAAUGUCCACCUGGUUGCUCAUUCUCACGAUGACGUUGGCUGGCUGAAAACGCUAGAUGAAUACUUUUACGGCGAAAAGAACAACAUACAGUUGGCCGACGUGCAGAACAUUAUCGAUACCGUGGUCCAAGCCUUGGCUGUCAAUCCCGAGAGAAGGUUCAUUCAAGUGGAAACGGCGUUUUUCUGGCAAUGGUGGAACCUUCAGAACGACACAACCAAGACCUUGGCCCAUCAGUUAGUAGAUGAAGGCCGUCUGGAAUUCAUUGGAGGUGGUUGGUCCAUGAACGACGAGGCUGCCACUCAUUACUCGAGUAUUAUCAGUAAUAUGGCGGCGGGAUUCGACGAGCUGGUCUCGGAAUUUGGAAGUUGUGGAGUGCCAAAGAUUGCUUGGCAAAUUGAUCCCUUUGGCCAUUCCAAGGAACAAGCCAAUCUGUUCGCUCAAAUGGGCUUCGAUGGGCUCUUCUUUGCUCGAAUAGAUUAUCGGGAUCGAGAGGAGCGCAAGGCGAACAAGGAGCUUCACAUGGUUUGGGAAGCUUCACCCAAUGGAAACGCGGAUGAGGGCGGGUCCAUUUUCACCGGGAUUUUCCCUCGUCAUUACAGUGCCCCUAAAGGAUUCUGCUUUGGAGUGGUUGGAUACUGUCGUGAUGAAGGAUUUACUGAAGAAAAUUCCAAUGCCAAGGUUUUACAAUUCUUGGAACAUGUGGAGGAAGCUCGAGUGUUGUUCGAUUCUGAGCACAUCAUGUUCACCAUGGGAGACGACUUCACUUAUCAGGAUGCAGGACCUUUUUUCAACGAAUUGGACACUUUAGUCUCUCUUGUGAACGAGCGAUCUUCAGAGACCGGGGUCCACGUGCUCUAUUCAACGCCAUCUUGCUACUUGAAAGCGCUAAAUGAAGAGCAAGCUGUCUUGCCCACCAAAACGGACGAUUUCUUUCCCUACGCCAGUUCCGUGAACAGUUACUGGACUGGAUAUUUCACUUCAAGACCGACGUUCAAAUUCCAUGAGCGACAAGCCAGUGGUCUACUCCAAUCUGCUCAACAAUUUGUGGCUUUGUCACAAAAUAGCCUGGACCAAGGUCAGAUGAGGGCCCUGAAAAGAGAGGUGGGCGUGGCCCAACAUCAUGACGCCAUAACUGGAACCGCCAAACAACUCGUUGAUUCGGAUUAUCAUACGAGAUUGAGCAAUGCAGAACAUGGUGCCCAAAACAUAAUGGGUCGAGAGUUAUUCAUGGAACUCGGCUUGACCUUGGAUGACCCUUACCAAUUGUUCGUGUGCCCUCAAUUGAAUAUGUCCUCCUGCCACUCAUUGGACAGUGCUGAGCGUUUGGUUUUUGUGGUUUACAAUCCUAAACCAUUCACUUCAAAUGUGAAUGUCCGACUUCCAGUGGGUGAGAGUCAAACAGUGACCAUUCAUGACGAGGAGGGCAAUGAGAUGAAAUUGGAAUUCAUCGAAAUACCUGAAGAAGUGAAGCAAAUUCCUGAACGAUAUGGCUAUGCCAAUUUCGAAUUGUUCUUUGAGGCCGAACGCGUUCCUGCGCUUGGAUAUCGCUCGUUCUUCAUCGAUCAAAAUGGAACGCCAACGAUCGAACAGAAAGUUGCCAUCGGAGAAAAGAUUUCUGCGAAACAAUUGCAGGAUGCUUUACCCGAAAAUUUGGACAUAUCCAUGAAGUACUACAAUUCUAAGAGGGAGGGGGGCGACACUCAAGCCUCAGGGGCUUAUAUUUUCCGACCAGACGAUGAAACCCCAGUUGUCAUGGAUAUCGACCAAAUCGAAGAGUUCAAAUUGGACCAAGUAACGGAAUGGAGAGUCAAGCUAAUCGGAGAUUGGGCAUCGUACAUUAUCAGGAAGUUUACGAAUCGAGAUGAAUACGAGGUCGAGUGGUUAGUUGGACCAAUUCCAAAGGAUACCUUGGACAUGGGUAAAGAAGUCAUCAUGGUGUACACGGAUAAAACUUUGGAGAAUGACGGAGAAUUUUGGACGGAUGCGAAUGGACGUCAAUUCAUGAGGAGGAUUAAAGACGAGAGAUUUUCUUAUGAGUUGACCGAUGGAGACAAGGAACCUGUCAGUUCCAAUUAUUACCCUGUCACUACUGGUAUUUUCAUAAAAAACGCAACCACUUCCCUCUCGGUUAUCAAUGAUCGAGCUCAAGGAGGAUCGAGCCUAAAUCCUGGCCAAAUCGAGCUCAUGGUUCAUCGGCGAUGCUACCGAGAUGACGGAUUUGGGGUGGGCGAGGCUUUGGACGAAUUUUUCGAAGGCAAGCCUUUGGUGGUGAGGGGCAAGCAUGUCGUUAGUAUGGGUCUCAAUGAUCAAGAGACAUCUUGGCGACGUCUUCGAAUGCGGGAGGAGUUCCUUCGACCUGUCUUCCUAUUUAAUCAAUUUGAAGGGACCUUGCAAGACUGGCAAAACCUUGAAGGCCUCAAAACAAAAAGCGCUUUGGUUCAAGAUUUGCCCGAGAACGCCAAUAUCUUAUCUUUGGAACGACACCCUCGAGAGCCAGAUACCCUUGUUAUUAGACUUGAAAACAUUUAUGGACCUGGGGAAGUUCCUAAUGCAGAUCAACCUAUUGUCGUGAACCUGGAGGGAUUGUUUAAAGACAUUCAAGUCAAUGGUGUGGUGGAACUGUCCUUGGGAGCUAAUUUGCCUUUGGAGGAUAGUUCCAGACUUCAUUGGACCACUUCCUCGUUUAAUGCCGAGCAUGAGAGAGUUCAUCCAAUGAGCCGAUCAAUUAUGAAGGAGUCCAGAGUGACCUUGAACUCGAUGGACAUCCGAACCUUUAAAAUAGCGUUUAGUUAUGUUUAAUUGGCGCCAAAUACACAAUGACAUGCAA